AUGGUUAAUCCAAAAAUCCUUUACAGCUACACAAUACAGAGCACACGGAACAAAGAUCCUGUCCCACUGCUGCGAACGGCUGAGGGUGUGGAAAUCUCCGAUGACAAGGAUAAGGCUGAACAUCUCUCUCAGUUCUACCGAUCAGUCGUGACCAGUGAACCUGGUUUUUCCUCACCCGCAUAUGAAGACGAAGAAACGCCUACCCUCGAAGCCGUCUUCUUCACCGAAACAAUUGUUCGGAAUGAGUUACUAAACCUAAAAGAAUCGACCGCCCCAGGCCCUGAUGCAAUGCCGGCCAAGCUGCUGAAGGAGCUAGCUCCCGAAAUGUCCAAGCCGUUAGCCUUGAUCUUUCAAACGUCCUUCGUUACUGGAUGCCUGCCCUCUGACUGGAAGUCCGCUACCAUCACUCCGAUUUUUAAGGGUGGAAGUCGUGCAUCUGCGAAUAACUACAGGCCAGUGAGUCUUACCUCCAUCUGUUGCAAAAUCAUGGAGAAGAUCAUUAAGAAGGCCUUGAUGCAGUUCCUCGAGCAGCACCAUCUCCUUUCCGAUGCCCAACACGGCUUUCGAAGUCGUAGGUCCUGCCUCACGAAUCUGCUCUUUACGCUUGAACGCUGGACCAAAGCACGUGAUGAAGGCAAUGUGGUGCACGCAUUCUACAUCGACUUCAAAAAGGCUUUCGACAGCGUUCCUUACCAACGUCUCUUGUACAAACUGCGCAACGCUGAAAUUCGUGGACGCCUUCUUGUAUGGAUCCAGAGCUUUUUGGCUCGACGGUCCCAAAUAUUGCAGGUCGGGCGUCAACAGUCCUCAGAUGUAAGCGUGGUGAGUGGCGUCCCACAGGGCUCAGUCUUAGCUCCCACGUUAUUUCUCGUUUUCAUAAAUGACUGCGUCAAGGACCUAGACUGUGAUGCCAUCCUGUUUGCCGACGAAAUAAAAUUGUGGAAAGUUAUUCACAAUGCGGCAGACGCAGACCACCUGCAAGCAAACUUGAACAGGCUCGAAGACUGGUCGAAGCGCUGGCUUAUGCCCUUCAAUAUAAACAAGUGUAACUUUCUUCAACUCGGCGGCUUCAGAGCCCCCAGCUCCAGGACCUACUUUUUACACGGCACACAACUGCAACAGGUUGACAGUCAGAAGGACUUGGGUGUAUGGAUUACAUCUUCACUCAAACCAACACUGCACUGCGCGAAGGCGGCUAAAUCGGCUACGGCCACAUUGCAACUCAUUAGGCGAACAUUUAUGGGAUUUGGCCCUGACUGCUUUUCCAAAAUAUGUGGCACCUUCGUGCGACAAAGGGUAAGUAAUUGGGCAGACUCACGAAAAAUAAACGGUUAGGUGGAGCCUUGCAAUUCACACGGGUGUCCAGAAUCAAACAUGUGUGCACGCAUGGAGCUGUGUGUAAGCUUAGCUUCACGUUUUCUCAGCUAUGCCAACAGGUGUUCUCGUAUUCAUGCGGAUUGGCGGCGCCCAAUAUAGCUUGUUCUACAGGAGCAAGUAGAUGAGUAAAUGCACGUGGAGGUGGUCUGGGUUUGUAGCUCAUCCUUACCUUCCCCGGUAAGGACGGAGUUUGUCGAAAACAAUACUUAAAUUCUUGUUGCUCGGACGGUCGAUGAAAGGGCUUGGUCAAGGUGCCCUCUAAGGAGUCCACUGGUCACGUCUCCUUUAAUGGGGACAUUGAGGAACAGCGUUUUUUCGGCCGUCGGUAUAAUGAGAUUUGUCGGUCAUUUAGCAGGAUUCCUGUUCUCGCGAAUCAGGUGCUAGAUUCUAAGAUGUUUGCCAAGGCUAUCAGCCGAACAGAUUUUUCUAGCGUGGUGGGUUUGUCUAAGAUAUUUGUCCUUGUUUGAAUGACAUACCGUUGGAGAAUAGGCAGCCGGCAAUGACAGUUAGAAAUUCGGACAGAAAAAUGAUUUUUGGGAACGCCUCAAAAAGAAAAAAAAGAAAAAAAUUCACUUGUCUGGAAAUACAAUUCCACGCGUAAACUUCCAGUAUUGAUUUAACAAAAGGAAAUGUUAGGAGUUUGUCAAAACAAUCAAAGGUGUGAGUUCCAGGAACUAGUUGAUAAGAAGAAGAAGAGGAAGAAGAAGAAGAAGAAGAAGAAGAAGAAGAAGAAGAAGAGGAAGAAGAAGAAGAAGAAGAAGAAGAAGAAGAGGAAGUAG